GGAGAACACACAGAUAGAUUUUCAUCGAUCAACGACCAUGGACAGCCACACGAUCCGCAUCCUUGCGCUAGCCCUGCUGUCUCUGCAUCCCCUGUGCUCCGCCACCAUCGCUCAAUGCCGAACCAUCGCCAACCUGCACGACGAGAAGAUCAACUUUCCGAACGGGCUGUGCGGCGAGAACAAGCACUGCACCACUGAAUUUUGCUACUGCUGCCUGAUAUAUAACCGCUGCUACCUAACCAUGGACGCAUGCAAGAGACACUGUGACAAUCCACCCUCGUCUUCUUCGGAAGACUUGCAAGCGGUGGAGACGGCGACGGCGACGACCCAUGCUCCUUUACCCGCUGCCUAGCUAGUCAAAUUAAUUGGCUCCCGUAUUUAUUUUUUCCAUGAGGAAUAUAUAUUAUAUGAUGCUUUAUGUGCGGAAAACAAGUUCGCAAUAAUUAAGAGCUUUCAAAAAGCAUCCUACUACAGUCCUUUACCCGUUUGACGACCCAUGGACGCAUGCAAGAAACAAGUUCGCAAUAUGAUGCUUUUGUUGCAGUUUGA